AUGCAUCAUCAACUGACCCUGAUCUUUGGCAUCGCCCUGCUGUGGGCCUCCGUCCAGGCCACCACCGGGCCGCCGGCGACCAGCACCCGGCCCCCAAACCCCAUCAGCGUGCGGCCCAGGCCCCGACCCCGCUGCCUGCCCGUCCAGGCGCUCUGCUCCCGCUCCAGCCCCAAGGUGUGCGGCCGCACUCCCAGCGGCCACUGCCAGCGCUUCAACUCGAUCUGCGAGCUGGGCCUGGCCAACCUUAACCGCCAGCCGGCCAAUGUGCGCCACACCCGCGACAUCGAGUGCCGGACGGUGAGGGGCGUGGGUGCCGCCCACCGCCGCCGCUGCUGGGAGCCCUGCCCGGCGCGUCCCGUCGUCUGCAAGCGCACCCCGCCCGCCCGGGAGAUCUGCGUCCAGUCCCGCAACGGUAGGGAGUGCAAGGUGCUGGCCAACAACUGCCAGCUGAGGAACCAGAACUGCCACAGCCAGCCCAGGAACAACUGGCGCCGCACCGACAGGAGGCGAUGCGGGCAACUGCAGUUGGGCGACAAGCCACAGGCCUGCGUUGUCCUUCCGCGACCCACUCCCCGACGCCCAUCACCGCGACCCUCCCCACGACCCUCUCCGCGACCCACCCGUCGCAGCACCACUCGGCGUAGCACCACCAGGCGCAGCACCACCCCUCGUUCCACUACCCUGAGUCCGCCCACUUCCACCACCCCCGCAGGCACCUCCGCCUGA